GACUGGCCAGACUGAGUCACGUGACACAACUCAAGUUGAAUACCAGACGGACGAUUUUACAAAUGGUUGUUUUCGUUCACUAAAAUCACGAGAAGAAACGAAAGGAUAGUGAUAUUCUAUGUGAGGAGACAAAAUAAGGCACAUGGUCAGUGUCAAUAAUGUCGUUGUGUAGCAAUGUGUUGCUAGUAUGAGGACUACCCUUCGUCCUGACACAGCCUACUUGUAGGUAACAGGCGAAUGCUGAAUACAGAAACAGAAAUACCCGGGUUUAAACUUUAGCAGGAGAGUAUUUUUUAGCUUUCAAAAUGGCUACACUUUUGCAUAAAAUGGUUAUUGCUUUGGAGAUAAUCACCUUCAUUAUGAUUAUAUUGGUCGCUCUAGGUAAUAGAUACGCUUUUGUUCAGCCGUAUUUUAAAGAACUGUCAUCCACGACAAUCUUUGCAAAUUUUAGACAAAGCUAUUUGAGAAAACCUUACCGAGCGCAUCAACCACGCUAUGAAGGAUUUCAGAAGGUGGAUGACAACAAGACAUUUGUCUACGCUGCCUACUACGACGACAGGGACGAGGACGCUGUCGUGAAGGUUGUUGUGUUGACUCCCAGGAACCUAUCCACAGUAUUCAAAUGCGUCCUUCAAAACCAACAAGGGGACCAUGAAACAACCAAAGGUCGUCUCCACUACAUAUACGAACCACCACAGUGGAGAAGCGCAUACCGUGCUGGAUUUGUUCUGUGUUCUCUGGGAAAGAUGACGAUUCAACCAGAAUUCGUGUCACUUCAUGUGUUUGAUAAAGUCUUUUUGAACAAUUUGACUGUGCGGUAUCCUGGUCCCAAGAACAACAUAACACGCUGCUACAAUGCAUUUCUCUUCAAAUAUCGGAAUGUUGCCGAGCUUGCGGCAAAUAUAGAAAUCAGCCGUCUAUUUGGUGUUGAUAAGUUUGUCUUUUACAACCUAAGUGGCUCCUUCAGCGUAUCCAAACUCCUGAAAAGUUACGAAUCAGAGGGAGUAGUUGAGUUGAGAACCUGGAACCUACCAGUGCCAAGACCUGUAAUACGUUACUGGGGCCAGCUAGGUGUCAUCAACGACUGCGUCCUAUCCCAAGUCCACACAGCUAGGUAUGUGAUGGUGAUGGACUUUGAUGAGAUUGUUAUACCACUCAAACACAAAACAUUGUUGGAAAUGGCGGACGACCUAUUCCUGAAGUCUCAGAAUACAUCCAAACCUGCCGGGUCUCUGCUGUUCAGAAAUGUCUUCUAUCCUACCUAUAGGAACCAGACCACUGCAAAGUAUAAAAUGAAACAAGUCGCCAAGAAAUACAAGAUAGCUCCUUUGUUGUACACGCUCCGUUCUCGGACAAACAGUCCCAAGAUAAGGACAAAGGCUAUGUUGAACCCGGACAGAGUGGAAGAUGUGUUCAUGCACUAUGUGUGGAAUUAUAAAAAGGGAUACGUAACAAAUCUUGUGAGAGAAGAUAUGGCACAUAUUUUUCAUUAUCGAUGGGCCAAGGACAAAUAUAUGACAGAUUUCGUUACACAGGAUUUAACUAUGCUCAACUUUUCAACCAGUAUUUCCACCGCUGUCAAGGCGAGAUUCCUCAAGGCUGGAAUGGUCCCUUGAUAAAACAGCGUGAAUGUUGGACGAUGGUGCUUUGUUUCGUACGGAAUAGUUUCGUACUACAAUUCAAAAAACUUGUUGGGUGGAAUAUAUGUGAAGGGUUAAAUAUACUGUAGUUGGUCAUGUGGUAUAACCGUAACCAUCUCACCAGUCCAGCUCCGAGCCCACUUGAACGGAAUGGCCUGUGCAGCUUUUGGCAUGACCCGUUGUAAAUUAUUCUAUUCUCUCUAAAAACCCAAGCCUUAAUGGGUGUCUCUCAAACGUGCUGACAUAUGGCCACUACUAGGUUAUGUUGAAAAUGUAAUUUAGUGUAUAUUAUUCAUUCAUUCUUCCUUGAAUCCUUUUGAUAUUCGAGACAGAUUUGGGAGAUUCUUCAUAUUUGAUUGUUCCAAUGCUGGUAGUGUGACAUGUUUUGUUGGGAGUAGUUACACAGAGGUAACCACGGACACGUUUCUUUAGUUUGGCCUGUUUGACCAACUUUAAUCUGUAUCUUUUCUGUUGCAGGGUUGGUUAUAGUACAAACCUCUUCAAUAGGUUUCUUUAAAACUGCACUUAUCCAAAAUACCUAAUUGUUUCAAUAUGUGUCCAAAGUGAAACAGGAAACAUUCGGCGUAUCCCCCUCCAAUCAUAAGCCCUUCCAGGGAGGACCUUUAAUCCCCAGCUGUCUAUCAACACCUCGUUACUAUACGUAGCCGGAUCUUAGGCAGACAGACAGAAUGUUUAUUGACGUCUCAUCCGACUUGCAUUUAAAAAUAGUAUACAGCCUAUGUAAAACAGACGGGCCACUUCAUACGGAUAUGUAGGCGACAAAGAUGGGUAAAAUAUACUUGCUAAUACAAAAAAAACUAUAUUCAUCUAAUACGCAAUAAAUACACAUUUCUAAUGCUUAUUAUAUUAAAAACUAUCAUUGGCCACUCGGUCCCGGUGUGCGUCUGUCACGUGAUUACUAUCAACAUUAUUCCCCAUCAACGAUAAACAUGGCUGCAGUCUUCUAAAACUUCACCCCCAAGUUUGGCCUUCUGCCUUCAACCCUGAGCUACCCCCUCUGAGCGAACGUGCGCCCUUGGACACAAUCACAACAAAGUACACUUGAUUGUCAGUUAUCUGCCAUGUGCUAUUGUCAACAUCAACAGCAAGCACGGUACCUAAGUAAAAGAAGCGGUAUCUGUUUAUCCAGCACUGAAAGGGUACCCGGGAGUACGAGAUGAUGUCAACGCUAACCAUCUGGGCUGGGAGCCGACAAUUGGAAUAAACACUUACCAGGUGGUCAGGAUGCUUCAUCACCCUGAGAUUGACCUUUGUGAUGUAAGGAAUAACAAAGCGGGCGAUGCGUAUAAGGCUGGUUGCCUUUUCAGAACCAAAGAAAUUUAAUGUGAUUACAAGCACUUGGGUAAAUACAAAUUAGGAAAUGAAAAAUAGACGAACUUCCAUGAAAUCCAACUCUCCUUUUUUCUCUUAUUGACCUUAAACAUGACACCGUCCAGUCAGCGAUGCCGACAUCCCCGUGACGUUGGAAAGACAUGUUGAAAGGUAUCAUUAAUUCACAUUUAUACCCUGAACACAAUGGCAAUGCUCUUCACAUGAGCACAUCUAUAUUUGAGUGACUACGUGAGUGAACUCAUGUCAUAUACCUGUAGUUGAACUUACUGAUUGGUCGUGAGUGAGGCCAAACUCAAAUAAUGUAAUCUCAAUUUGAAUUUCGGAACAAAGAUGCACUUUUCAUCUAGCCCAGUGUUUUACUUCAUUGUAACAUCUGGUUGCCUAAAGCAUUUGAAUUUCUUUAUAACAGAUUCUCUUUCAGAAAUGAGCAAAUGGCACCUCCAUGCAAUAUUGAGAACUAGAAACGAAUAUAACAAACACAGUGAUUGCACUAUAGAAUCUAUUAUAUAGAACUUCAAAUACUGUUACAAUAAUUUAUUUCAAUGUCUACAUUUUAUGUUUGUGUUGUUGAUGUAUAUUUAUACAUUAUGCAAUCAACGUGGGGUGUUUCAAAUAAAGGACAUUUACCUUG